AUGGAGACUAUGCGGGAGCGCCAAGCCGCGGCCCUCGCCAAGAAGGCGCCGGCGCCGGUGAGGGAGCAGGAACCCCUGCGCGUGAUGGAAGCCGGGGCUCCGGUAAGGAGGAAGAAGUUCCGCGGCGUGACUUACAUGCCGUCGGGCAGGUACGGGGCGGGGAUCAAUGUACCUGGGUCCAAGAAGCGGCAGUGGCUGGGGACGUACGCCGACGAGGAGGUCGCCGCCUGCGCCUACGACCUGGCAGCCAAGAGCGUGCACGGAUCCAAGGCCAAGACCAACUUCGACUACCCUCCGCCUUACGACCUCAUCGACAAGGUAACAAAAGCCCCUGGCCGCCGCGGUCCCGUUUACCCCGUACCGCCUCCACCAGCUCCCCCUGCACCGGCACCGGCACCGGCACCGGCACCGGCAACCUUCUCCUACAAGGCGCCCCCGAGCGAGCCCGUACCGUUCCCGGUGCGCCCGUUCCUGCUUGAUCCGUCGAGGCUCGUUCAGCGGGCGCCUGGGGUCACGAUCACGUUCGUGCGCUCGACCGCGCCCGAGCCCGCGCCCGCGCCCGCGCCCGCGCCCGCGCGCAAGCCGUUCGCCAUCAGGAAAUUCGUCUUCUCCCAACUCGCCUCCAACCCGAUGUACAGCAUCUUCGCCCGCCCGCAGAUCCGCAACGUGGCACCGGUGCCGGCGAGCUCGGUGGAGACCUGCUUCAGCUCCACGACGGAUCCCCCUCUCGGGGAUUCUGCUUCUUCCUCCAUCCGUACAGGCCUGAUGCUCAUUACACCCAAGCCCUUCACCCUCCCUCCCAACAUCCGUACCCCUAGUGCUUCUGGCGUGGGGUUCUCUGGGGAUAACUUCUCCCCCAGCACCAAGGAGCCGCUCAAUUUCGCCGACCUCGGCGGUCUGUAG